CAUUCAUUAGCUAGAUACCGCCUCUCGAAGUAGUUGUAUUAAACCAGGUCUACAACUUGCUGUGUGAAUACAGACUUAGUCUUCGGCACUAUGUUACCAGUGUGUACCAUGGCCAGAACACUGACUAAAGUAUUCUCCCUGGCGGUGUGUGCGAACCUAGUGGUAGCAUCCAGUGUUCGAUUAGGAACAUCUGAAACCAAACUAAACCUCGACUUGAAGGAUUUGCUAACAAAUGAUAACCAGUCAAAAGAUGUUAGUGCAGCCGCAACUGAGGUGAUUUCCGGCGCUCUUUGUGUCGAUCCUAAAGAUAGCACGCGUGUUCAUUUCGAGAAGAAGGUGCUGAAUAUCACUGCUUCAUACAAUAAUAUCAGCGAGAAUGCCUCACACCCUUCUCAACGUGUGGAUGCUAUGAACAAGGCUCAGACUCUGUACGAGAGAGAGCUUGAGAAGACUACAUGGAGUUGCCCAGAGGGUUUUGAAUUGGCGGCAACUGGUUUGUUUGCCGAUCGUGUAGAGGAAAUUGGGUGGGGACUACUUAAGAUAUCCGAUGAGCAUAGGGAAGACAAAGGUGUGUCGAGAUAUUAA